GUAAGAAUUAACAUUAUUUGUUAUUAUUUUUAGAAACACAUUUUCGCGAAGAUUGUCUCACUUAUUUUGAGAUGUCUUCAGAAGCAGGUGGAAAAGAUAAAGAUUCUGAAGUGAAUGGGACACCAGUAAAUCCAGCCGGUCUUAGGAAACCCCACCAAUCUACCCAAGAGAAACUUCGAAAUGAACUAUAUUCACCAAAAAAGCCCCAAAGCAAUCUCUCAGUUAAUGCGCCAGAAUUUGUACCUAGGAAGACUACGUUUUCUGUAACAGCAGCCGAAUUUGUUCCCAGACAGCAGCCCUACCCUCAGUAUUCAAAGAACCUAUAUGAAGACUUCCAGGAUUUACAGAUAGGGGAGUACUACACACCGAGCAGGGAGGAGGUCCUGAACAGUUUCCAGGAGACGCUGACCGCUCUCAUCAGUCAGCCCGGGAACAUGGAGGAACUGAUGAGGGUGGUCAUUGACCAGAUGAAACAGCUGUCAGAGUCAGAACAGUCCAUCCAGGAUAGUGUUAUAGAGAUGCUGUUUGAACAGUGUGUAACAGAACCCAAUUUUCGAUACACUGGUGCAAGACUUUGUAAGCUGCUAUGUAAAGAAUUAAAGUCCCAUCCCAUAUUUAAAAAUUUUAGAGGUGCAUUUCUUACAAGGUGUAAACUGACAGGGUCCACAAUAGAAGAUACAGCUUAUUUAAAUACUACAUCAGAAGGUUCUUAUGAUGAAGUGUUUCUACAGAUACGACAGUUAGAUACCUAUCCAGACCUAAAUAGAACUAGCAAGUGCUUAAUAAAAUCUGUGAUAGAUUUAAAAGAUAAUAAUUGGGGGAGAUCUAGAUCAUCAAAUCCUGUAACACCUGAAGAAUCUUAUCAACCAGUCUAUCAACAGGCAGCAGAAUUCACACAGAAUGAACCUGUAUUUUACAAUCAGCAAGGUCAGCCAAUAACAGCUGAGGAGGCUGGCUAUUACGACCAAGCGUACAACAGCUACCUACAGGAGGAGGAGGAAUACGCACGCUGGGAGGCGGAAGGAUUCGAGGAACAAAAUGCCUGGGUGGAGGGCGGCGACUACCAGGCCUGGUCAUCAGACCCUAACCAGCUGGAGUACGAUAAUGGAUACUAUCAAACGGGGCCAUACAGUGAAAACUACAUGGAUGAGGAGAUAGAAGCCGCCUAUGAAGAGUUCCUCCGACAACAACCUCCCCCGCCCCAAUAGCAGAGCCUGUCGACCAAUCAAAUGACGUCCUUUUGUACAUGUUGUCAAUUUUCAUUUGGACAGCCAAUAAGAAAGUGCUCGUUUACUUUUUAUUUUAAAAAGUCCAGAAUUAUGUUACAGUUCACACUGUGUUCAGUUGUUCCCUAACUGUUAAUGUAAAAGUUGCCUACAGAUGGUGUACAGAUGUAAAUAAUACAAUGUCCAGUUAUAUAAAUUACUCUGAAUUUAAAAGCAGUAUAAAAAAAAAGUAAAUAAAUGUGCCUUAAAAAAUUCUAAAAAAUGAGGCUUUAUACCAAAAUGAUUGUAGAAUGUCUUAAGGUAGUACAUGUAUUAGUAACAGCAUUUAACUGUUUUUUUAAUGAUGAAAAACCAUACCUAACAAAGUGAUAGAAUAAAAAAAAAAAUUCAAUGUAGUGCAAUAUCUCAACUAAAAGCUCAUGAUGGAAAGCAAAGUAAUGUUGUCUUAUGAGAUUUAAUGUGUAAGGCAAUGUAUUAUAAUAUCUUCCUUUUUAAGUUGAAGUUCAAUAAAACUGGAAAAAUCA